AUGUCUACCACUACUACAAUGGAGAUGGAGCAGACCGUCGCUGCUCGCUUCGAGACCAAGGAUCUCGUCGAGUUCGACCCAAAUGUUGUCUACGGUGACUGGAGAGAUGAGUUCCACAAGACAGGCUGUGUUCUGAUCAAGAACGUCAUCAGCAAAGAGAAAGCUCAGUACUACUGCGACAAGCAGAUUGAGUGGCUCAAGAAGUUCGAGCUUGGCUUUGAUGAGAAGGACCCCAGCACUUGGAAUGCGGAUCAUCUCCCUGUCAGCUUCAAGGGUGGUAUGUACUAUGGUUAUGGUGCUACACACGAGAAGAUGGCUUGGGAAGCACGCACCGAGCCCAAGGUUGUUGAGAUCUUUGAGAAGCUCUGGGGAACAAACGAGCUUCUCUGCUCUUUCGACGGUCUCAAUGUAUCUUUGCCAAAUCGCAAAGAUCUGAACUGGAGCCCUUGGCCCCACUGUGAUCAGAAUCCUGAGCGCAAGGGUAUGCAAGCCGUCCAGGGCCUGCUGAACUUUGCCCCCAACGGUCCUAACGACGGUGGUCUCAUGCUCAUGAGGGGUUCUUCUAAGCUCUUCAAUGAGUUCUUCGCUCACAAGCGCGAGUCUGCUGACCACGAGGAUGCUCCCCCUCCUGAGAUCAAGUACAUGGACUUGUUCCUCUUCAGCGAGAAGGACGUCAAGUGGUUUGAAGAUCGAGGCUGUGAAAUGUUCAAGGUUAACAUGGACCCUGGUGACUUUGUGCUCUGGGAUUCUCGAACUAUGCAUUACGCUCGAUUGCCCGAGGGUGACCAGAUCAGGCAUUUGCAAUACGUGUGCAUGACUCCACGCAAAUUCGCCACAGAGGAAGCUCUCAAGGCCAAAGCCUACUGUUUUUCUAAUUUCAUGGGAACAACUCAUUGGCCUCAUUGCAACAUCCGCAUCGCUCAGGAGAAGCCUAUGAGGAAUGGCGAAAUCUGCCCAAAAUACCGCACAGAGCCUUUUGAGAAGCCUGAAGUGACGGAUCAGAUACUUCGAUUGGCAGGUGUCAAGCCUUAUGAUGAAUAA